UUCGGCUCUCGCAGACCGUCUGGGGGAAUUUCUGGGGCAGGAUUGCAGCGAGUGCUUUGGUUUUCUUCAGGCACUCCUGACUUUGGCCAUGACAGACACGGCUGUUGGCAGCAGCACUGGUCAGUGGGGAUACCCAAACGAUCGGCAGAUGGCUCUUCAGAGCAGAGCUCCUGAUGGUCACUCGGCCCACGGGAAGCAGCCAGAACGCGGACGGAAGGGCGAGGAGCUGACCGAUGAGGAGAAGGAAAUCAUCAACCGUGUCAUUGCGAGAGCCGAGAAGAUGGAGGAGAUGGAGCAGGAGCGCAUCAGGCGCCUCAUGAACCAUCUAGAGGACAUGCGCCGGAACAGGGUGGGCGACGGAGUGAACCGCUGCAUCCUGUGCGGGGAACAGCUGGGCCGCCCGGGCUCCGCCUGCGUGGUGUGCGAAGACUGCAGAAAGAACGUCUGCACCAAAUGCGGGACCCAGACCACCAACAAUCGCCCCCACUCCAUCUGGUUGUGCAAGAUUUGCAUCGAACAAAGAGAGGUAUGGAAGCGCUCUGGCGCGUGGUUCUUCAAGGGCUUGCCCAAGCAGACGCUUCCCCAGCCUAUGCCCAUCAGCAAGGAGAAGCCCCAGCCGGCCCCCAGCAGACCAGCGCUGCCCGCACAGGAGCUGGCACCGUAUCCUCGCCAGCAGUCCCACGACCAAGGCGCAGCUGCUCCCUCGGCCGAACAAGGGUUUUACGCAGCAUCAGCUUCGAAUCGGGGAAAUUACCCGCCGCUUCACCGCAAAGCUUCCGAGGCCAGGAUGGCACCGAGCGGCAGCGAAUACGCCAGAGACGCCCGGCCGAGCCAGGAUUAUCCUGCUGAAAGUGAGGUCACUCGAAGCCCUGGAGGAGUCAGGCGAGCAAAUUCGAUCCAAGCCGCCAGCACAAGGGACCCCGCUCUGUCUCCUCACCAGAGUCCAUCUGCUCAGGGGGCAGGACAAGGCUCGCUUUCCAUGGCUCCCUCCCAGGCGGACCCCAGCUUCUCUGUUCCUGCUGGAGCACCCCGGGAGGAGAGGGCAGGCUCCGAGUACCCCACAGCGGGAGCAGAGAGGCUCCCACGCCAGGUGGCUCCCUACGGCCAAGCCGCUGCUCCGCCUGCUGCCCCUGUGCCCACCCGCCCACCUCCUCCAGAGGAGGACGAAGAGGAGGCCAACAGCUACGACUCUGAUGAGACAACUACCCUAGGGGCACUGGACUUCAGCCUCUUGUAUGACCAGGAAAACAGCUCUUUGCAAUGCGCCAUCAUUAAGGCCAAGGGCCUGAAGCCAAUGGACUCCAACGGGCUGGCGGAUCCCUACGUGAAGCUGCACCUGUUGCCGGGGGCCAGUAAGUCAAACAAGCUGAGGACCAAGACGUUGAGAAACACGCGGAACCCCGUAUGGAAUGAAACCUUGGUGUAUCACGGUAUCACAGAGGAGGACAUGCAGAGGAAGACCUUAAGGAUCUCUGUGUGUGAUGAAGACAAAUUUGGCCACAACGAGUUCAUUGGGGAGACGAGGGUGGCUCUGAAGAAGCUGAAAGCCAACCAGAAGAAGAACUUCAACAUUUGCCUAGAGAGGGUCAUCCCGAUGAAGCGCGCGGGAACCACCGGCUCGUCACGAGGAAUGGCGUUAUAUGAAGACGAAAUGGACCAAGGAGGAGAGGUGGAAGAACGAGGAAAGAUCCUGGUCUCCCUCAUGUACAGCACCCAGAAAGGGGGCCUGAUUGUCGGCAUUGUGCGCUGCGUCCACCUGGCGGCCAUGGACGCCAAUGGCUACUCGGACCCCUUUGUCAAAAUCUGCUUAAAGCCUGAGAUGGGGAAGAAGGCCAAGCAGAAGACGCAGAUUAAGAAGAAGACGCUGAACCCAGAAUUUAAUGAGGAAUUUUUCUACGAUAUUAAACACAGCGACCUGGCCAAGAAGUCCCUGGAUAUAUCUGUGUGGGAUUACGACAUUGGGAAAUCCAACGAUUAUAUCGGCAGUUGCCAGCUGGGCAUCACAGCGAAAGGCGAGCGCUUGAAACAUUGGUACGAGUGUCUCAAAAACAAGGAUAAGAAGAUCGAACGCUGGCACGCCUUACAGAACGAGAACCACGUGGCCAGCGAUUGAGGGGGCUGUGCCCCUCCUCCCCCCGCCUCCCUGUCGAUCUCCAUCUUGUCUUCCAACCCCUCCGUGCCCCCCUUGCUCCUUGGAAGCCCAGUGCUCGGUUCCUCCUCUGCAGGAGCAGCGCUCUUCCCCCGUCCCUCCCUCUCUUAGCCCAGGGUCAUCCCGACACUCCUUUCUGCUUUCUUAUCGUAACCUGUUCCUCUCACGGCCUCCCACGACGGGUGCUUUGAGGUUUUCAAGCAAUAGCCCAGCACGGAGCACCCUAAGUCUGGCUCUGCUUCUCGGCAGCUAAAUGAUCUGCCCUGCCCUUUCUGUCUUGAUUUCCCCCCCUCGGCCAAAGGGACCUGUUCUCCAAGUGCCCUUGAAACUCCAGUUGGCCUGCCUGCCUU